AGUCGCUAGUGAGCAGGAAAACACACCAGAAGAUCUCGCGAGGUAUUUAUCGGGUUCCAUCUUCCGUCCGAGAUCAUGGCGUGCGGUCACUCGACAACCUACCGUUCUCGUCACCAUGGAAAACAAAGGCCCCGGGAUGAUAGCAGCCUCAAUCGUGCUUACCACGGUGGCCUUUCUCCUCUUCUGUCUGCGGACCUACGCACAGCACCUUACAUCAAGCCAGAUCCACCUCGAUGAGAUAUUUCUAGCAAUAGGACUGAUCCUUACCAUCGGACUCUGCAUUGAGACAUGUCUCUGCUUUUACUGGGGAGCAGGUCGCCACCUUGCUGACAUUCUCGCAACGGACCCGGAUCCCCUGGUCAAUCAACGCAAAUAUUGGAUCUCUGGUUAUGUCUCCGUUGUCAACUGGGCAGUUGCGGUCUUCGUCAUCAAGCUCUCCCUCCUCAGCAUGUACACCCGAAUCUUCAACACGAAGAGCACUCCCAAUCGCUGGUUUCGGUACGCCGUGUAUGGGGUCAUCGCCUACGUCAUUUCCAGCUCCAUUGCCAUUAUCUUCUCUUACAUCUUUAUCUGCACGCCUAUCUCGUUUUGGUGGGAACAGGUCAAUGCCGUGGUGGGCAAGCCGGUGCCCCCAGGGAGCUGCCCGAACAUGAUCCCUCGGGGGGUUGCGUGUGCGGCAUUGAACGUGGUGUCAGACUGGUUGAUCCUCUCUCUCGGUGCGCUGGGACUCUGGGAUCUGCAGAUGAACCGCAAACGCAAGCUGGUUGUUUUUGGCAUCCUUGGCCUUGGCUCGACGUGUUGCAUUGUGAGCAUCAUACGCUUGCCCAUGCUUCUAUCGUCAUCGAUGAGCAACGACCCUACCUGUAAUACAUCCCAUCAUAAAAUUCUAUCUCUCUUUCGCCUUUCCCUUUCUCGCGCUAACGAGGCCCUUUUGUUUCUCAGGGUCGAACUCCAAUCCGCUGCUCUUCGGAAUGAUGGAGGCCAGCGUCGGGGUCAUCAGCGCAUGCCUCCCGGGCAUUGCGCCCUUAGUGAAACACUGGCACCACAUGGCGACGACCCAAGGCAGCGGCGUCUUCUCGAGCGGGCGAGCGGGCUCGCAAAAGCGGCCCAUCCAUCAGGCUCACGAGUACAUGUGCAUGGAGGACUAUCGAUCCCCCUCGUCGCACUCGCACCGUGAUACCUCGCCGCUGACGCCGGCGCGAAAAACCCAACCAGCCGCCUCGAGGAGAUAACGCGGAAUCCUAGGGGAUCGCGUACGAUCUGACAAUCUGGACAUAUCUGACUGGAAGGAACGACCAGAAAUCCGUAACCUUUUUAGGAGCCACCGUAGUUGGCCGCGGGGGAGUUCGCUAGUGUAUUCUAUCUUAUAUGCCAUGGUUCUGUAACGCCAGGUGAAUCAAAGAUAACAUAGAGUACCGAGCUUCUCACCUGAUCACAAAG